GUAAAUUGGGUUGAGCCACCCGCUGCUAUUGUCUUUCUUUUAAGUGUUUACACAGCAAACUACCCCAGAGCAGAGCAGAAACAAAUUUCGAAGGCCAUGGCUUCGGCAAUCUUCACAAUCUUGAAGAGGAAUCGAAACCUCACAGAAAACGCCUUCCUACUGAGAUCAUACACCUCAGGAACUCAGGCUUCCACUAGAAAAAACCUCUACUCAAGAAUCAGCCCUUUGGGAGACCCUUCCCUAAGUGUAGUCCCAGUUCUUGAUCAGUGGGUUCAACAAGGUAUGAAAGCUAAGUAUAUCGAGCUCAGCCACAUCAUACGCGACCUCCGUCGCCGUAGGCGAUAUAAGCAUGCCCUUGAGGUUUCUGAAAGGAUGAGGAGCAAGGAGCUCUAUGUACUUUCACCAGCUGAUCGUGCUGUGCAGCUAGAUCUCAUUGGUAGGGUUCAUGGUCUUGAUGCUGCAGAGAGUUACUUUGAAAAUCUUAGCGACCAAGAAAAAAAUGAGAAAACAUAUGGUGCUCUAUUAAACUGUUAUGUAAGAGAAGGCCUCAUUGAUAAGUCCCUUUCACUUAUGCAGAAGAUGAUAGAGCUGGGCUUUGCUUCUUCUUCUCUAAGCUAUAAUGACAUCAUGUGCCUUUAUACGCAUACUGGCCUGCUUGAAAAGAUUCCCGAUGUGCUGUUAGAGAUGAAAAAGAAUGGUGUCUCCCCUGAUAAUUUUAGCUACAGAAUUUGCAUAAACUCUUAUGGAUUAAGAUCUGAUCUAAAUAGCAUGGAGAAAAUCCUGGAUGAAAUGGAGAGCCAAUCCUUUAUCUCCAUGGACUGGACAACUUAUGCCAUGGUGGCCAAUUUCUACAUAAAAGCAGGUGCUCGUGAAAAAUCAUUGAUAUACCUAAAGAAAUGUGAGCAGAAGUUAGACAAAGAUGCACUUGGCUACAACCAUCUUAUUUCACUUUAUGCAAGUGCUGGAGACAAAGAUGAGAUGAUGAGGUUGUGGGCACUUCAAAAGACCAUGUGCAAGAAGCUGAUUAACAGGGAUUAUAUAACAAUGCUGGGUUCUCUCGUGAAGCUCGGGAAGCUUGAAGAAACUGAAGAACUGCUUAAGGAGUGGGAGUCAUCUUGUCAAUUUUAUGAUUUUCGUGUACCAAAUGUCCUCCUUAUUGGGUAUUCUCUGAAGGGAUUGAUUGAAAAAGCAGAAGCAUUCCUUGAAGAAAUUAUCAGGAAAGGGAAGACUCCAAGUCCAAAUAGUUGGGCCAUUAUAGCAGCAGGGUAUUUAGAUAAGCAGAACAUGGAGAAGACUGUUGAGUGCAUGAAGAAAGCUUUAUCUGUCCGGGGAGAAAAUAAAGGAUGGAGACCUAAACCUACAGUUGUUUCGAGUGUGUUGAGUUGGCUUGGGGAUAAUGAAAACAUUGAGGACGUAGAAGCGUUUGUAAGCUCACUGAAGACUGUGAUUCCAGUUGAUAGGGAGAUGUACCAUGCCUUGAUCAAGGCAUACAUCAAAGUAGGGAAAGAAGUGGAUUGUCUUUUACAGAGCAUGAAAACUGAUAAAAUAGAUGCAGAUGAGGAAACAGCAAAGAUCCUAAGCUCAAGAUAGAACUCAAACUGUUUAUUCUAUGUGUAUACAGAACAACUCCUACGACAAUGGGCUAGUAUUGGUUGGAUUGACUAGCCCUGCAGCCUCGGAUUUGGUUCGGAUUUUAGUUUUCGGGUCAGGCUGAAUGAUGAAGCCCAAGUCCACUUGAG